GACCGCAGCCUAGCAAUGAACACACCCGAAUCGACCUGCAUCCUGGAACGCAACCACGGUCUAUCAAUGUCACUAAAGCUCCCAGCUGGGCCACGAGUAGCCGGAGCUAGUUCAGAGAGUGGGGACGGAAGAGCGAGUUUUCUAUUGGACAGCUGUCUCCUGGCCCUGCCCAGCUGUACCGACAGAGAAAAUGGCGGCCAUAGAAAGCGUCACCGAGGGCGUCUGGCGGCCCUGGCCAUAGCAGUGGUGGUGAUCGCUGUGGGAGUUCCCUUGUGGUGGAAGACCACUGAGACAUACAGGGCAUGGCUACCUGUCACCCAGAUCAACCAGCUAGCUCAGCUGCAGCUACAGUUGAGUGUGGAGGUAGAGGUGGUGUUCUCUAGAGGAACUCUGACAGCUGAACACCAGAAGAAGGUUGAUCCCACACACACACGCCUGGAGGAGCACCCUGUGGACGAGACCACAGGGUUGAGUUACAGGUAUGAGACUAGAUACAGGACAGCUACCAUCAUGGAGGAAGAUGCCCUGAACCAGCCCACUCCUGCAGAGACUGAUCAGUCUCUUCAUCUGCUCAGCGAGAGCCCCUGUGGCUCCGUGGUCAUCUAUGUCGUCCCAGAAUCCUCCACACUGCUACCUGAGGGUGUGAGUGUGUACGUGGGUCAGAGGCGGACGUCGUUGUUGCGUGCGGGGAGGCCGAUGAGACUGGGCGUCGGCCUGAAGGAGGUGCUUGCCCACCUGGAGACCCAGGUACAACAGGUUCUCAAGGUCAUGUCAUUCAGCCACAGUGACAUCACCGCUGCCCUUAGCGACCGCGUCCGCCUCGACUACAGUAGCAGGGACGGUCUGGUCGACAGCAUGAGAGCCUUCAAGUCCAGCCCAGGUUAUGAAAUAACCUUCAGCCUGUUGAACCCUGACCCUAAGUCUCACCAUCUGCACUGGGACAUAGAGGCAGCAGUCCAGAGUUAUAUCCAGCCUCUCCUGUCUAAGCUGGCCCCGGUGGCCGACUUCAGUCUGGACUCACAGAUCCUCUACUACGCUGUCCUAGGGGUCAACCCACGUUAUGACCCCUCCCUCAACGCCUACACGCUCAACGCCGACAGCCUGUCUCACGUCAUUAACCCCGUAGAGGCCAGGCUGGGCUCCAGCGCUGCGUCAUCCAACCCUGUCCUGAACUUCCUGCUGUACGUCCCAGACGCACGUCACUCCCCCCUCUACAUCACCGACCACCGCAAAUACACUGUUGUCUCCAACGCCUUCAGCUCCCCGCGCUGGGGUGGCAUCAUGGUGUAUAAUGUCAAUGGGACAGAGCUUCCUGUUGACAUCAACAUAGACAUGACCAGAGUGAUGGGAGUCUUCCUAGCACAGCUACGGCUGAUGUUGGGUGUCCAGUCGUCAACCCCUCCCCCUGGCUUCCUGGUUGGCCCGUGUGGCCCAGCGGGAUUGGCUGACUGGGAGUUGGACCGCCUCCUGUGGAGUCGCAGUGUAGAGAACGUUGCAACGGCAACCACAACCAUCACCUCAUUGGCCCAGCUGCUGGACCAGAUAGGAAACAUCGUCAUCAACGACAACAUUGCAGAACAGGUGUCGGCGGCAGUUGCCUCUCUCCAGUUGGCUGUGGGUCAGCUGGAGGCGGGGAACCUGGGCCUGGCCCUGCAGUACAGUAAAGAAGCUAUCCUCCAAUCAGAACGAGCCUUCUUCGACCCCUCCCUCCUCCACCUCCUCUACUUCCCCGACGAUCAGAAGUUCGCCAUCUACAUCCCUCUCUUCCUGCCCAUGUGUGUCCCCAUCCUGCUCUCACUGCUCAAGAUGGCCGCCGAGGCCCGCCAGAGGCGAAGGGCGAGACAGGACAAGAAGGAGUGAGAUGGAGUGAGAUGGAGAGAUCGGACCGAUGAACGGGCCCAGUUGGUUCACUGAUCCAACAAAGUGUUUAAAGGAAACUGUCUGGGCUCAGAAAUGAUGUUAAGACCGUUAGAAAUACAUGGGGCCGUAUUGAUCAACCUUCUCACAAUAGGAGUGUUGAUUUAGGAUCAUUUUUUCCCUUUCAGAACACAAUGAAUAAGAUUAUAUGGACAGGGG